AUGUCUGAUUCUGCAGUUGCAACGUCCGCUUCUCCAGUGGCUGCCCCAUCCGCGACAGUUGAGAAAAAGGUGGCCCAAAAAAAGGCAUCUGGAUCUGCCGGCACAAAGGCAAAGAAAGCCAAUGCGGCGCCGUCACAUCCGCCAACUCAGCAAAUGAAAAAAGUGGAAAGCAAGAAGGUAGCAUCCAAGAAGACUGGUGCUUCCUCCAAAAAAACUGCCGCUGGGACUGCUGACAAAAAGCCCAAGGCUAAGAAGGCUGUGGCCACCAAAAAGACUGCCGAGAAAAAGAAAACCGAGAAGGCAAAAGCCAAGGAUGCUAAGAAAACUGGAAUCGUAAAGUCGAAGCCCGCCGCAACAAAGGCGAAAGCGACCGCGACCGCAGCGAAGUCGAAGGCUGCAGCAGCCAAAGCCCCAAAGGCAAAGCCAGCGGCGUCUGCAAAACCCAAAAAGACUGCGAAGAAAGCAGCGGUUUCUGCUACGGCCAAGAAGCCGAAAGCAAAGACUACGGCCGCCAAGAAGUAA